AUGGACAUGGAGAUGGAGGUAUACAGGGUGAUGGCGACGAGGAAUCGGUUCGCCUCUCGAAUUCGCAGCGUCCACCGAUUUGUCAAGACCAGUGUCGUCGCCGCCGCCGGGCUACUCGGCCGCCGCCAUCCGAGCGACGCCGACGGUUCACCGCCGCUGCAGACGUGCGUCCUCGAUGGCAACAAAAUGGCUAUGGUGGUCGACGUCGACCGCCUGCUCACGAUGAGACCGUCUUCGUCGGCGUCCACCGCGCUGUUCCCGCCCUUCUUCCUCCUCGCCGUCGAGGCAGGCGGCUUCGUCAGGGGCCUCGUCCUCCUCGCCCUCUACCCGGUGAUGCGCCUUAUGACGGAGGCGGUUCGCCUGAAGGCCAUGGUCAUGGUCUGCUUCCUUGGGCUGCGCCGCGCCGACGCGGCCCGGGCUGGUAGGGUCGUGCUCCCCAAGUAUUUCUCCCGGGAGGCGGCGGCCAUGGAGGCGCUGAUCAAGGCGGUGGCUUCUUUGCCCAAGGAGGUGACGGUGGCGGCGGUGAGCCGGUCGUUCCCCACGGUGAUGGUGGAGACUUUCUUGAGAGAGUACGUGGGGUUCGACGCGGUGGUCGGGAGGGAGGUCAAGUCUGGUCGAGGACACUUCGCCGGAGUCAUGGACGGCGACGACAACAUGGAGAGGUUUAGGGAUGUCGUGAGCAAGACACCGAAGAAUGCUGGGCCGCGGCCACUGAUCUUCCACGACGGCAGGCUGGCGUUCACGCCGACGCCCGCGGCGGCACUCGCCAUGUACGUCUACCUCCCCCUGGGCAUCGCCCUCUCCGUCGUCCGCAUCGCCAUUUCCACCCUGCUUCCGAGGAGCGUGUCGGGGGCCUUCGCCGCGCUCGCCGGCGUGAGGCUACGCGUCACCGGCACGCCCCCAACGGCGGUGGCCGAGGACGGCGGCGAGACCGAACGCCACGCCGCCGGCCGGCUCUACGCCUGCAACCACCGCACGCUCCUCGACGCGAUCGCUGUCUCGGGCGCGCUCGGGAGGCCCGUCUCCUCCGUGUGCUACAGCCUGGGCCGCCUGUCGGAGCUGCUCUCGCCGAUCCGGCUGCUCCGGCUGACGCGCGAGCGCGAGGAGGACCGGCGCCGCAUGGCGUCUCUGCUGUCGCGCGGCGACGUCGUGGUGUGCCCCGAGGGGACGACGUGCCGGGAGCCGUACCUGCUCCGCUUCAGCCCGCUGUUCGCCGAGCUCGCCGACGAGGUGAACCCCGUGGCCGUGCACGCCGCCGCGGGCAUGUUCUACGCCACGUCGACGUCGCCGCUCGCCAAGUGCUUCGACUCGGUGUUCUUCAUGAUGAACCCAUCGCCGGAGUACAGCGUGAGCUUCCUGGAGCCGGUGGCCACGGCCGGCGCCGGCGGCAGCAUCGAGGUGGCGAACCGGGUGCAGCGCGUGAUCGCCGACAAGCUCGGGUACGAGGCGACGGCUCUGACGAGGAAGGCCAAGUACUUGCUGCUCGCUGGCAACGAAGGGGUCGUGGCAAAGAAGAACUAAUCGUGGGAAUAAAUCUGUUUUAGUGUACAAGAAAAUUGAUUUGUAGUUCUUUUUUAUUGGUUCUGUGCAGGAUAAUCUGUACAA